UCGUUUCAGUUAAGAUAUUAAAGUCGUAAUUUGUACAGCAGAUGAUUUGCAAUUAAUUUACAAUAAAUUAAUCUGCAAGUUUUCACUGGAAUCCAAUUUUUGUUUAAUAUUUUGGAGAAAAUGUCGUUUUGUCGAGGCGGAUUAUAUUUCCUGGGAGUUUUUGUACUGCAAUUUCUGUCCUUAAAUGUGGCUGCGCAAGAAUCCAAUGUUUUGGUGUGUUACUACAACUCGGAAUCGUACUAUAGACCAGAACUACCAUUUGAGCCUGCCAAUAUCAAUGCGACCCUGUGUACGCACGUGAUUUACUCGUAUUUAGGAAUGGGGGCGGAAAUUUACAACGUUUACUCGAGAAAUCCAGGCCUAGAUUUAGGUCCCGGUGAAACCGAGCCAUUUCCGGAUGAUCCCGACAAUUCAAUCGGUGAGCUUGACUUUAUCCGAAAAACGGUUGUUUUGAGGCAGGAUAACCCCGCCGUGAAGGUUUUGGUGUCCAUCGGUGGUCCACUGCAGAGCUCGAGGAGUUUCUCCAACAUGGCGCGACACGUGGCCAAUCGAACCCUGUUCAUUCGAAGUUUGAUAAAAUAUGUGGAUUUGUACGAACUGGAUGGAAUCGAUUUGUAUUGGAAGUAUCCCGGAAAUGGGGACGGAAGGCCGGAGGAUGGCGAAAGCUUCGUCUAUGUCAUGAGGGAUUUGAGGGCAGCUUUCACGAACUUGACCACUUUCACAGGACGAAAUUACACAUUAACUGGGACCCUUGGAUGCACCAAGAAUGUCAUCGACGCUGGCUAUGACGUUACCGGGUUGGCCCAGUAUGUCGACUUCCUGAACCUGCUCUGCUUCGACUUUAAGAUGUAUACAGACUCCACUAGCAAUAUUGCACAUCACAGCCCACUCUUUCAUAAAGAAUCCGAUUCCGAUCCUGAUAAGCAGUUGACGGCAGCUUACGGAGUUGACUAUUUUCUUUCUAAGAAUGCUACUUCCGUAUCUCGGAAACUAGUUUUAGGAAUCAGUGCACACGGUCGAACUUACGAACUGGGAGCACCAGACUAUAACAAUUUCGGCCAACCAACAAUGGGCUUAGGACCGCCGGGAAGUUUCACUCGGCAACAAGGAAUCCUUUCUUUUUACGAGAUUUGUCACGAAGUGAACAAGAGCACAUCCGCGUGGCAGUUCCGUUACGAUCAUGAUUAUCGGAUCCCCUACAUUUGCAAUGAUAUUAUGUGGAUUGGUUACGACAAUGAGAUUUCGGUUAAAGAAAAGAUUGAUUUCGCCAUUGGGACAAAAAAUCUGGGCGGAAUUGCGAUCGACUUUAUUGACUAUGACGAUUUCAGUAACCUGUGCAAAAGCUGGGUGUCGUACCCUUUGGCGUCCGCAAUUAAAGAGAGGCUAAAUUACUGGGAAAUUAAUAAAAAGCGUUAAGAAAUAAAUAUGUUAAAAAUUGCAACGGAA